AUGGCUUUCUCAAAGUCUAUUAUCCUUGCCGCUCUCCUGGCCUACGCCGAGGCCCGAUUCGGCCAAGAGCAAGAGCCUGUUGCUGCCGUCCAGGCACUCGGUGAUGCUGGAUUCGGUGGCCCUGGUGUCGCUGCCACUAUUGCUGGCAGCAUCCCUAGCGCUUUGCUCGCAGCUGCUAGUCCUUGUGACAAGCUUACUAUCGCCGAUCAGAUGAUCACCGAGUUGGGAACUGACCAGCAAGUUCUCGAUGCAGCUAUUGGUCUUGUUGCAGCUGAGACCAACUUCAACCCUUCGGCUGUUGACAGACCUUUCGUCUGCGCUGAUCCCAGCCUACCAGCCACUGCUGCCCUUCGCGGCAUUGUCCCUCUCGUUGAUCCCGCUGUUGACGGUGCAGCCACUGAGAAUGCCAACUCGGCAACCUCAGUCACAACUCCUUUCGAUGCUGCUGGCUUAUCACAGGCUGAGGUGAUGAUUGCUCAGGGAUUCAGCACAUUCACAGCCGUUGGUGCUAAUGGCGACCAAGUCGAGCUUGAUGGCCAGGACGGUGCUGCAGCUGGUGGUGCUGGUGCUGGUGCUGGUAAUGGAGGAGCUGCCAAUAACGGCACUGCUCCCGCUGAUGGCCAGCAGGGCAACAAUGGCUCGGAUAACGCCCAGGAUGGAAACAACACAAAUGACGAUGAGGAUUGCGAAGAGGAUGAUAACAACAAUAACGGAAACAACGGUAACAACAACAAUGGCAAUGCCAACAACGGUAAUAACGGAAACAACAACAACAACGGAAAUGGAAACCAGAACAACCAGGGCGGAAACAAUGGCAACAACAACAAUGCUGGAAAUGGUGCUGGUAACGGCGGCAACGCUGGAGGUAAUGCUGGCGGCAACGCUGGUGCUCUCGACUUCGGUGUCUGCCAGCCUACAAUGGCUCGCGUUGGUGGCCUCAACGGUCGCCCAGCUGACGAGUUCACCUUCAUUCCCCAGGAUCCCCUCAUUGCUGAAGGCCAGCAGGAGGCUCUCAACCCCAACAUCAUUACCAACCGUAUCUGUGACCAGCUCACCAACGUGUGCGACGCUAGUGCCGAUGCUGUGGCUGCUUGUGAGGAUGCUCAGGCUCAGAUUGAGGCUUUGGGAACACGGGAUCAAAGCACCGCUGACACAUGGAACGCCCUACUUGGCUUCGACGGUGUUGAUUCUACUCAGCAGCAGGUUUGA